UGAAAUGGACUAUGUUAUCUUAAAUGUGAUAUAUGAAGUAUACAUGAAUGUAUUGACAUAUAUAAAUAGCGAAUAUAGAUUGUUUUGCAGGGAUUAGGCUUCUUUUAGUAUUUACGUCAAACCCCGGAAUUUUAGGACAAAAAGUAUAAAUAGCAACAAGUCCCCAAUAUUUGAAUUAUGCAUAUAUCUGAACCACAAACCAUUAUCAAAGAUGAGCUUACCAAAGGUUAAAGUAGCAGCAUGUCAUUUAGCUCCUGUCCUUUUAGAUAAAGAUGCUACUAUGAUAAAAGUAAUUGACAGCAUUCAUGAAGCUGCUGCAAAAGGUACAAAAUUAAUUGUAUUCCCUGAAACAUAUGUUGCUGCAUUCCCAUUAUGGGGAGCUUGUAAAGCACCCAUUGACAAUCAUCACUUAUUUAGAAGGAUAACUGAAAGUUCCAUUUACGUUGAUGGACCUGAAAUAUUGAGUGUACAAGCUUUAUGCAAAAAAUUAGAAGUUGUUGUCUUGUUAGGAUUUAAUGAAAAAUCUAAAGUUAGUGUGGGAUGCAUUUGGAAUUCAUAUGUAUUAAUUGAUGAAACAGGUAAUAUCGGAGCUCAUCAUAGAAAGCUUGUUCCCACAUUUUUUGAAAAACUUACAUGGGCCAAUGGUGAUGGAUCUGGAUUAAAUGUGAUAGAUUCAAAAUAUGGAAAAAUUGGGGCUUUAAUAUGUGGAGAAAAUACCAAUUCAUUAGCUAGAUUUACAUUAUUAAGCCAAGGUGAACAAAUUCAUAUUUCGAUAUGGCCACCAGCAGCUGAUAUGUAUCGUCCAUCGACAUCAACCGAGAAAAAGGGGUUUGAUAAUACUAUUGCUAAUAUAAUUCGAUGUGGAAUUCAAUGUAUUGAAGGGAAAUGUUUUGGAAUUUUAUGUUCUUCAUUUGUUGAUAAGGAUAUGUUAGAAUUUUUAAUUAAUGAUGAUGCCAGUAAUGAAUCAUUUUAUUCAAAUAUGUCACAAGGAAGUACGUUAUUCUUAUCACCAUCGGGGAAUGAGAUUGGAGAUAAUUUAAGAUUUGAAGAAGGGAUUGCAUAUGCUGAGUUUGAUUUAAAUGAUACGGUUGAACCUAAACAAUUUCAUGAUUUAGUUGGAGGAUAUAAUAGAUUUGAUGUAUUUAAAUUACAUGUUAAUCGAUCUUCAAAUGUUCCGAUAUAUUUUGAUAAUGAGGAAAUUCAUGAACAAGAUAAAUUUCAAGAGCUUUAGUAUUUUCAUAUAUAUUCAUUAAAAA